AUGGCAAGGGGCAGCAACACCAUCACCAACCCGCAGCAUGCUUCUCAGGGACCCGCAGUCCAAAAGUCUUACCUCCAAGAGCUUAGCACCAAGAUUACGGACAACAUCUCGCAACUCGGUCAUGACGACACCGCGGGGAUCAAGGCGGCCACGGCAGCCCUUGAGCUGGCGGCUUUACUUCGUCCGCCCGGUGAUACCAUCAUGGGUUGGUUUGCCAACAUGUCGGUCGUCUCGGCGGUGAGAUUAUUUCUUCACUGGGGUUGCUUUGAAGUUAUUCCGGAGGGCAAAGGCGAGAGCAUCUCGUAUUCCCAGCUCUCGACAAAGGUGAACGUCGAUGUGCAGCUUCUCACACGGAUUGCCUCGAUGCUUACGUCUGCACACAUCCUUCUUCAUCAUCCCGCGUCUUCCACAUCCUCCCAGACUUCUGGCCCUUCCCUAUCUCACACGCCGACCUCGGCCCUCCUUCGCCCCGGCCAACCCAUGUGCGCCAUGUUCUCCCUGAUGUUCAACAAUGUCGCCGCUGUUUCUACCAUCCUUCCAGACUACUUUGACGCCUAUGGCCGCGUCGAACCGCUUGGGCCUGCUCACAUCCCAACCUCGUACCUGGCGGGCCACCCAGAGGAGGAUUACUUUUCAUUGUUGAAAAGGGAUGAAGUGGCGUUGAGAAACUUUGGGAUGGCGAUGCGCAUGACGAGCGCGAGGGUUCCGGUUACGACAAUAGAUGGGCUGGAAAGGGUGGUGGAGGAUGUGGUGAGGACGCACAUGGAGUCGGGGAGAAGCAGGGGCGAGGACAGGGCAGAGGAUGAGAACAUAAUGUGGGUGGAUGUUGGGGGCGGAGAUGGCCAUACUGUGAGUGAUUUCUUGGUCAAGUUCCCGAGUAUCAAGGGGGAAUAUUGCGUGGUACAAGAUUUGGAUGAGGUGGUGGCUAGCGCAGGGAAGGCCGGGGAAAGGGAUGUGUUGUUGAAGGGAGUGAGAUGGGUGGCGAUGGAUUUCUUACAAGAGGCGCCCGUUAAAGGUGCCUUUGUUUACUACCUUCGUCAUAUCUUCCGUGAUUACUCGGAUCCCGUAGCGGCCACCAUCCUGCGCAACAUUGCCCACGCCAUGACCAACCCAGCUGCGCGCGUCCUCAUUUCAGAGCAGCUGCAUCCAGAUGUGAUGGCGCCUGAACCCGGAUCUGUGACAGCGGGAGGACAGACAACAGAAGUGAGAGAGGAAAAGGGGCAGGGUAAACCUCCGGUACCGCUGUACGCAGCGUUCAAGGACUUUUCGAUGCUGGCCAUUGGCGGCAAGGAACGCUCGCUAGAGCAGUUUCGAGGGUUGGCGCACAUGGCGGGGAUGAGAGUGUCUGAGGUGUACCAAAAUCGGGAGACGAGGCAUGCGGUUGUGGAGAUGAGGUUAGCUGGAGGGUUGAGUGUGGCUGGGUAG